AUGACAGGGGCUCGUGGGUCUUGUGAAAACGACGGGCUCAGGGUCGUGGGUGGCUCGGUCUCACGGAGGGGGUGGGUGGCUCGGUCUUGCAGAGAGGUCGUAGGUGGCUCGGUCUUGCAGAGGGCUCGGUCUCGCAGAGAGCUCGUCAGUAAGAAAGCUGCUGAGUCAUUAGCUGAUCCAGACGAAUACCCUAAUUUGUUUGGCGAUUGGGAUGUUUCUCUUUCCCUUGAAGCAGAAAGUGGAAAAAACAGGUGCAAUUAUCCUCCUGCUAAACUGUACCCAAUCUAUGCUAAGAAAUCAACCACCAACCUUCUUGAGAAGUUUAAGAGCAUGCGAAUUGAUGAAAACGAUGAUCCAACUGAAAAUGGACAGCAUGAUCAUGAGGAGACUCUGGGGAACAAGGAAAAUCAUGGACAAGGAGCUGUGGUUGAAGAGUAUGCUAGUUCCACAAAUGGUAUUGUUAUUUUAGAUAGUAAGGAGGAUGAAGAAGAAUUGGGAGCAAAGGAUGAGAACAGUUCACCACAAAAAUUGGAAGUUAAAGACGAGAGCACUUCAGCAUAUGAAUUGGAAGCAAAGGAUGAGAACACUUCACCAUCCUAAGGUGAUGCUUUGCUGAAAGUAUGAAGUGAACAUAGGAUACAUUACCAGUUCCACAGGACAAGCUAGGUCCAGCUGUUAUACGCAUAUCUUCUGG